CGUUGAAAAAGCCCAUCAUCUCUCUCCUUCUCCUCAUUCUCACCCAGAUACAUUACAAGACUCGCUCUUUCUUCUCUCUUUCUUUUUGACACAACCAUACGAAAGCUUUUUGAUAGAAAAGCAUAUACCUUUCUUAAUCAACCAACGAGGAUCAGAUGGAACAAUUGGUGGCCUUGAGAUAUUAAAGAUCUACUGAGCUUAGUUCUCUUUCAUUAUCUUUGAGAGGCCUAUACAUUUGCUCUGUGUCUGAAUGGCGUCUGAGAAACCCGUCCAGGAUGUGACUGAUGUUACUGAAACAAAGAAAGAGGAAGAGAAUGUUGUUGUUGUUGAGAGUUCCAAAGACAAGAACAUACCUGAUGUUCUUGACUUAUCCACCGAGAAAACUGAUGAAAAUGUUCCUGUAAAGGAAGCUGGCCUCCCUGAGCCUGGGACCUCAGUGAAGAGUAAAACAGCUAACAAAAUUGUUAAGAAGAAGACAGGGACCUUUUCAAGGAGCCCAAGGUUCCUUUCUCAGAGCUCUUCGUUUCCAGCUAGAGGAGCUCGUGAUGAUAUCACUAGAAAGAGCAUUGAUGCAACAACAACACCAAAGGCUAGUUCUAAACCCGUUGUUGCAAGUGGAUCAAGACCAAAGGCAACUGCAUCUCCAAUCAGCGGUGUCUCCACCAAGCGCAACAGUUUAGUAUCUGCUCCCAUCAAAAAACAAACUGUGCCUGUGAAACCCGUUUCUAAGACUGCAGCUAAAGUCCCUGCUUCCAAAUUGGUGGUUGACGAAGGUUCUAAAUCCAUUAAAGAUGAAAUGGCAAGCAAGAACACUGAAGAUGCCCCAUCAACCGCCGUGGUGGCAGAGAAAGUAUCUAAACCAGUGAAAGGUGAAGUGGCAAGCAAGGAAGAUGAUGACACCCGUUCAACUACCACUUCAACUUCAACACCUCGUGGGAGAAGAAGCAGCGUUGGGUCUGCUUCUGGAUUUUCAUUCAGGUUGGAGGAACGUGCUGAGAAACGGAAGGAGUUCUAUAUGAAACUAGAAGAGAAGAUCCAAGCUAAGGAAGUAGAGAAGACAACUUUGCAGGCUAAGUCAAAGGAGAGUCAGGAAGAAGAGAUCAAAAGGUUGAGGAAGAGCUUGACGUUCAAGGCUGGUUCCAUGCCCAGUUUCUACAAAGAGCCUCCACCUAAGGUUGAAUUGAAGAAGAUACCAACUACUCGUCCUAAAUCUCCAAAGCUAGGACGCAGAAAGAGUAGCAGUGAUGCAACAGGAGGUGAGACUGGUGCUCCUCGAGUGACAAAACCAAGAGACUCACCAUUAUCAUCAUCAUCUAGCUUGAAGAAACCCAUAACAAAGUCUCAGCCAAAGACUGAGUCAGUGAAGGGCAAAGAAAGGAAGAAAGAAGAAGCAGAGAAAAGAAGAGAGGAGCAUAAGGCUUCUUCUACUGUGGCUGCUAAACCUGAAGAGAAGAAAGAAGAAGCAGAGGAGGAGAUGGUCUCUUGCGUGGCUGUGGCUGCUAAACCGGAAGAGAUUAAACCGGAAUCAAACAACAUCCAAGUGAAGGCUGAGAUUAUGACAAGUGAAGUUGCAGUGGGAAGCUCAUAAAAGCAAGAAAGGCUUUUGGAUCUUGGAAUAAAUCUCUUAUCUCUUCUUCUUUUUCAAAAGCUUUAGUGUGAAUAGAGUUGUUUGCAUUUGCGUCAUACUUUGAGAGUUGCUCUCCAUUUCUUCAGUUUUUAUUUUUUUCUUUUUGGAAAUUAAGCCUCAGAUUGUUUCUUUAAGAUAUGGUCUUUAAUAUAUGUUGGAUUCAAAAAAUGUAACUUAUAUUUGUAUAAUGAGGAUAUAUGUGUGAA